AUGAGGAAUUUCAAUGCGAUGUUAUAUGCCGUGUUGGUACUGGCUCUUGCAGGGGAAAUGAGCGCAAUGAGUUAUUUCCGAACAGAUCUUGAUGAAUUGGAAAGAGCUAUUCGAAUACAAGGGGAGACGCAGAUUGAUGAAGAUACUCAAACAGAUGCUGAACCUAAAUUGUCAUGGCGACAGAAGCUACUUCUGAUGAAUGCAGUGAACAAAUGGAAAGCCAGCGAUACUCAAGGUAGCUCCAAUGAAAAUGACCCGACAAGAAGAACAAACGCGCAACAAGAGCAAGAAGAUGCGCAAAAUGGCCAAGAUGCUGAACCUAAAUUGUCAUGGCGACAGAAGCUUCUUCUGAUGAGUGCAGUGAACAAAUGGAAAGCCAGCAAUACUCAAGGUAGCUCCAAUGAAAAUGAUCUGACAAGAAGAACAAACGUGCAAGAAGAUGCGCAAAAUGGCCAAGAUGCUGAGCCUAAAUUGUCAUGGAGACAAAAGGUGCUUCUGAUGAAUGCAAUGAGCAAAUGGAAAGCUAGCGAUACUCAAAGUAGCUCCAAUGAAAAUAAUCUGACAAGAAGAACAAACGUGCAAGAAGAUGCGCAAAAUGGCCAAGAUGCUGAGCCUAAAUUGUCAUGGCGACAGAAGCUACUUUUGAUGAAUGCAGUGAAUAAAUGGAAAGCCAGCGAUACUCAAGGUAGCUCCAAUGAAAAUGAUCUGACAAGAAGAACAAACGUGCAAGAAGAUGCGCAAAAUGGCCAAGAUGCUGAGCCUAAAUUGUCAUGGCGACAGAAGCUACUUUUGAUGAAUGCAGUGAAUAAAUGGAAAGCCAGCGAUACUCAAGAUGGUGCUUCUAAUGAACGCAGUGAACAAAUGGAGAGGAAAUUGAUUAAUUUAAAUCGAUGACGAGGGCUUUGUUGACAAAACGACAUGACAAGGAUCAUCAUAACAAACUUCAAAAAUAAAUAAAUAUCUUGAGAAAAGCUUGGACAAACAUUUAUCUGUAGCUAGUGAAUUCUUACAUUUUAAAUAACCACACAUCAGUGGAUAUCACUGCUAAACAUACCUAUAUUCUUUUGGAACACAAUCAGUAAUGUGGGUAUUGUCGAUGAAUUAAUUCUAUGUGGAAGUGAAAUAUGUUUUGUUUGCUUUUUGAAUCCUUCUGUAAUGGCUGGAAACUUGAAAUUAACAUUGAUAAAACAAAGAUCAUAAAAUUCUUGAAAUGUGGCAAAAUUUGUCAAGAACGAUUUCAAAUAAAUGGUAAGAAUAUACAAAAUGUUCAAAAUUAUACAUAUUUAGGAAUUGUCUUAAGUGCUUCUGGAUCUUUUAAACCGGCC